GACAACACGUGAUGACUGCAAAUGACUACAUGUUAAAAUAUUUUCCUAUUUUUUCCUCUGCGCUUGAAUCCCAUACCGGCCAGCCGUGACGCUGCAAAGUGAAGAUCAACAAGAGCUAAAGUAUCCUGCCUGUGUUCUGUGUGCGUGUCCCACACUGGUAAACAUGAGCCUCACAUAACAGGUGUGCUCAGCCCGUCACGCUGCCUGGGGGUCAUGUGCAGAAAGGUGACCAUAAAUUGAGCGUCUUGGCGACGAGACAAACUGUGAGCAGGCAGCAAGAGAAGAGGGGAGUGGAAGGAACGCCUCAAGGAUCCUUUCUACACUUUGCUGUUUGGGGAUUAUUACACUUCAGUGGACUAUAACAGAGGUGCAAAAAUGGCCGUCGUCAUGAAAGCCAAAGACGUGAUGCCUUCAGCGACUGUGAAAUUCUUUGGUGCUGGCACUGCCGCAUGCAUCGCUGACCUCAUCACCUUCCCACUGGACACGGCCAAAGUUCGACUCCAGAUUCAGGGAGAGAGUCAGAAAUCGGAUGGUGGCAAUGCGAGAAAAUACCGCGGCGUGUUUGGCACCAUUAGCACUAUGGUGCGCACCGAAGGGCCCAGGAGUCUUUACAACGGCCUGGUGGCAGGGCUGCAGAGGCAGAUGAGCUUCGCCUCGGUACGAAUCGGCCUUUACGACUCCAUGAAGCAGUUCUACACCCGCGGCACAGAAAGUGCUGGGAUCGUAAUCCGGCUCAUGGCGGGAUGCACCACCGGCGCCAUGGCUGUGGCAUUUGCUCAACCGACAGACGUGGUGAAAGUACGCUUUCAAGCCCAGGCUCGCCUGUCUGACGGCGGGAGAAGAUAUAACGGCACUCUGGACGCCUACAAGACCAUUGCCCGGGACGAGGGCGUGCGGGGGCUCUGGAAAGGCUGCAUGCCCAACAUCACUCGCAACGCCAUCGUUAACUGUUCGGAGCUGGUGACCUAUGACAUCAUCAAGGAGCUCAUCCUGAAGUACAAUUUGAUGUCAGACAACCUGCCGUGUCAUUUCACGGCUGCCUUUGGUGCAGGCUUCUGUACCACAGUGGUGGCGUCGCCUGUGGACGUGGUUAAAACGCGCUUCAUGAAUUCAGGUGCCAACCAGUACAGUAGUGCCAUCAACUGUGCGGUCACCAUGCUGAAGAAUGAAGGACCCGCAGCCUUUUAUAAAGGGUUUAUGCCUUCUUUCCUGCGACUGGGGUCCUGGAACAUUGUCAUGUUUGUGACCUACGAACAAAUCAAACGAGGCAUGACCAAGUAUUGGGAGUCACCGUUUUGACCAAAACAGCAUUUGGUGUACAGAAGUUGAAACUUUCCACAAUGGUGGAUCAUCACGGUCAUUGGCACCAGUCACAGGAGGCCACAGGAAGAACCUCAGAUGCCUUUCUCAUGGUCAAAGCUCAGGUAGACGCAAGACGGACUUGCCAUAACUAAACUGACAUUUUAUUCCUGCGUGAACUUCAGACCUCAUUGGAUUUUAGGAGCGUCGUUGCGGACGUAUCCGCAUGUGGAAGGGUACCGAAAUAUGAGGAUCAAAAUGUGGUGUUCGAUUUUUAUCUUUACAAGAUUAAAGUCAAAGGAUCCUGUGGAAAUGUUCUAUAAUAAGGUUAUGUUUUCAAGCACACACUGAGCCUUUACUGCAAUGUGCCAGUUUUGUUGAGUUUACAGUCCGUUGUAGGGUAUGUACUUAAAUACUAAGAUUUGUUGCAGGUUGAUAAGUUUGUCGUGCGAAGUGACUCCUGGCCUGCAGACAUAACACACGCACACACGCACGCACGCACGCACACACACACACACAGACACACACACACACACACACACACACACACACAAACACAAGACAUACACACAGACGGCCACCACAUGCCCACCCGCAGAGGUCCCGUGUUUUCUGUGUGUCGUAACAUGUUUUAUGUGUGUUAUUGCAGUUAGAGCUUUUUUUUACUGGCCCCAAACUGAGCCCCCGCACCUUCAGAAAAGCUUGUCUGGAAUCUACUUUCUUUUUACUCCCACCUUACCUUGCCCCACAUUACAGGGUGCCGCCUCCGUGGGGACAACAGUGUUCCUGUUCUGUACACCCUGUAGGAUGUAUGUGUGAUUCUGAACGGGUUUGUAAAAAAAAAAGUUUUAAUUUUGUUGCACUUUUUAAGUGCGAUGACAAUAAAGUUCCAUCCAAAACACAA